AACCAGGGAGACGGCGGGAGCGUUGGACCUGGUCGGUAGUGGCCCUGACUCUAGCCCAGGAGACAAGAUGAGCACCGGACUGGAGGAUCCCACAUUGGACCGGCACUUUAAAGGUCAUCGUGACACUGUCACAAGUAUUGACUUCAACGCUAACAUGAAACAGUUAGCAACUGGCUCAUUGGAUUCCUGCGUCAUGAUCUGGAAUUUGAAACCACAGAUGAGAGCCUAUCGAUUUGUCGGUCACAAAGAUGCAGUCCUCUCAAUUCAGUUCUCUCCCUCUGGUCAUUUACUGGCUUCAGCAUCUCGAGACAAAACAGUUCGCCUCUGGGUUCCCAGUGUAAAGGGCGAAUCAACAGUGUUAAAGGCUCACACAGGAACUAUUCGAAGUGUUCAGUUCUCCAGAGAUGGACAAUCUUUGGUUACAGCUUCGGAUGACAAAACCAUCAAAGUUUGGACAGUUCAUCGGCAGAAGUUUCUUUUUUCUCUCACCCAGCACAUCAAUUGGGUUCGCUGUGCUAAGUUUUCACCAGAUGGACGACUCAUUGUUUCUGCCAGUGAUGAUAAAACGAUUAAAAUUUGGGAUAAAGCUACUAGAGAAUGUAUACAUUCAUUUUAUGAACAUGGAGGGUUUGUUAAUUAUGUGGAUUUUCAUCCUAACGGAACAUGUAUUGCAGCGGCAGGAGCAGACAAUACUGUUAAGCUUUGGGACAUUCGUACUAACAAGCUGCUUCAGCAUUAUCGAGUGCACAGUGCUGUGGUAAACUGCCUGUCUUUCCAUCCAAAUGGAAACUAUCUCAUCACUGCCUCUAAUGACUCAACAUUGAAGGUACUUGAUUUACUGGAAGGGAAAUUACUCUAUACCCUCCAUGGCCAUCAGGGACCCGCUUCAUGUGUAGUUUUUUCUGGUGCUGGAGACUUCUUUGCUUCAGGUGGCUCAGAUGAACAGGAAUUUUACCAUUAUGAAAAAGACGCCAAAUUAGUAACCUUAGCAAAGGUUAUGGUAUGGAAGACUAAUUUUGAUGCUGCAGAUUAUGGGGAAAUGUUGAAAAAUCAAUCCCAACCAAUGACUGUUAAUUGUAUGCUGAAAAAUUGUGAUGGUCCUUCUUGGUUACCGGAGCGUACUACAAAGUCACUUCCUGUGGAGACUGUUUUGGAGACAAACUUUUCAGACACUGGGUCAACUAACUUAAAUCAACAAAAGAGCCAUUCAAGCAAUGUUCUGGCACCAGAUGAAAAACCCAUUCCUCCUUUAAGCCAGUUUCACCAGCAAGAAGGCAGUGGUAUCCCCUCAGCUCUUGCAAGUACUCUGGAGCACAUAGUAGGACAGCUGGAUGUUCUCACUCAGACUGUGACGAUUCUUGAACAGAGACUUACAUUAACAGAAGACAAGCUGCGUGAAUACCUUGACAAGCAACAGGCCUCAUGAUUACAGUAAGAUCUAAGAUUUGAAAACCUGGAGCAAAACACGAGUGGAAUUGAAAGAUUAAUCCUCUUUUUUUGACAGAUAUGCUUAAUAGGCAUUAACUCACACAAAUCACUACUCAAAGCUUUGUUAAAUAGUUGGCCCUCCUUGAGUUAGUAUGUUGCCUGAGUAUAUCUGGCCUGCCACUUGCAGUAGUGAUGUGUAUGCCGAUUUUUGUACUUGUUAUGUACUCAUUCCCUCUGUGAGAGAGUAUUUCAAAUGCACUAAAUUGUUUUAUAUCAUACAGAAGA